AUGCCCAACUACACGUCCAAGACUACUGGAGAUGAGGUGGCGCGGGACUGCAAGUCCCAAAUUGCCAACAAGACCAUCUUGGUCACGGGGGCCACCCCCGGCGGCCUGGGUGCGACAUUCGCAACUACGAUUGCACCUUACGGCCCGGCGGUGAUCAUUCUUGCCUCCCACAGCGUGGUCAAGGCCGGCGAUACGGCAAAGGCCAUCGAGGCUAUCUCACCAGAUGUGAAGACUAUUGUUAUUGAGCUAGAUCUUGCCUCGAUUUCUCAGGUCCGCAAAGCCGCCGAGAAUAUUCUAGGCUGUGUGGACACGAUCGAUGUCAUCGUCAACAACGCCGGAAUUAUGGCAGCGCCAUAUAGCAAAACCGUGGACGGUAUCGAAUCGCAGUUUGGGACAAACCAUGUCGGUCAUUUCCUAUUGACCAACUUGCUGCUGUCUUCAAUAUCCCGUGACAAGAAGAAACGGCCUUUACGUGUCGUCAACGUCUCGAGCAAUGGCUUUCGUUUCAGUCCCGUCCGCAUCAAAGACAUUAGUUUUGACGAUGGCGCUACAUACGAUCGGUGGACAGCUUAUGGACAGUCGAAGUCUGCCAAUAUGUUGUUCUCCCGAUCCCUCGCGGCGAAACUCGGUAGCCGUGGUGUCAUAUCUAUCAGCCUCCACCCAGGUGUCAUUAUAGAGACAAGUCUCUCCCGUCACGUUGCCAUGGAAGACUUCGCCGAGCUUGGCGUCUUGGAUCGAAAAUUGGGAAACCGCGAGUUUUGGGACCAACCGUUUAUGCUAAAGUCUCCGGCGGAGGGCGUCGCAACACACAUUUUUGCAGCUUUCCACCCGGCCCUCGAGAAACCGGAGCAUAACGGUGCUUAUCUGGAAGACUCGCAAGUCGUUGAUGCCAAACAGAUCCAAAGUUGGGCUAGAGAUGCCGUGGAGGCUCAAAUGUUGUGGCGUCUCAGUGAAGAGAUGGUGUCAGAGACAUUCUCCUACUGA